AUGGCCGGGGCUCCGGCGCUGCCCCGGUGGCAGGCCAGGGCCCAGAGGGGUCGCUCCUCGGGGCUGGCGCGGAGGGGUCACUGGGUGUCCGGGCAGGAUGAGGGACUCCUGUCGUCCUCGGCUGUGGUGCUCUGCCGUUCAGACCGAGCGGCCCGGGGCUGCCUGCACCGCCGGGAGGGGGAGGUCUGGGGCUGCCUGCCCGUGGUGCCCGAGGUGUGCCGGGCUGGGUUCCGAGUGCCAGACAGACAGCCGUGUUCCCUCGUUGCAGCGUCACCGAGUGCCAGAGCCGGGGCGCCCCUGCAGACAGCCCGUGCCAGCCUGAGUGCCCGUGCUCCCCGUCCCGUGCCGACCGCCCGGGAGGCCCCGUCUCCAGUCGUGCCUUCACCCCGCGUCCCGGGGCGGUGUCCAGGCGCUGCUUGCAGUCUCUCGUUUGGUUUCCCCGUCACGCCAUCAGCGUUUGUCACCGCGACGCUGGCGUGGUGCCUGCCGCGCUGCCGAGGAGGCGUCUCUCCACUGCGCGGCCUCCCUGUGGGCCCUGCUGUCCUGUGGGCGCCCGCCAGGGAGCAGCGCACCGGCGGUGUCCCGGCCCCCGGCCCGCGGGCGGCGCAGGUGUGCGGCCAGCCCGAGCCCACCUGGGCCGGGCCCCCAGCUGCCUGGGGCUCACCCAGCGCACGCACAAUGGAGCCCAGAGACCAGCAGCUCGUGGUGGCGCUUCGGAUCCGCCCGCUCAGCGAGGCCGAGCUGGAGCAGGGAGCCGCCGUCGUGGCCCACAAAGUGGGCGACCAGACGGUGGUGCUCAUGGACCCCGGCGAGGACCCCGAGGACACGCUGCGCACACACCGGUCCCGGGAGAAGACCUUCACCUUCGACACUGUUUUCGACCAGCACGCCUCCCAGGGAGACGUGUACCGUGCCACCGCCCAGCACCUUGUGGCCGGCGUCCUGUCAGGGUACAAUGCCACGGUGUUCGCCUACGGCCCCUCAGGUGCGGGGAAGACCCACACGAUGCUGGGUGUGGACGCGGAGCCCGGCAUCUACCUGCGGACCCUGACCGACCUCUUCCAGGCCAUCGAGGGGACGCGCGAGGACGCGGACUACAGCGUGUCCAUGUCCUACCUGGAGGUUUACAACGAAGUCCUCCGGGACCUCCUGAACCCGUCCUCAGGGUUCCUGGACCUGCGGGAAGAUGCCAGGGGCGCUGUCCAGAUCGCGGGCCUCACAGAGGUGUCCACCUCCAACGCCCAGGAGAUCAUGCAGCUCCUCACUAGAGGCAACCGGCAGCGCACGCAGGAGCCCACGGCCACCAACCGGACGUCCUCGCGCUCCCACGCCGUGCUGCAGGUCACCGUGCGCCAGCAGAGCCGCGGCCCCGACGCCGCGGGGGAGGCGUGCGUCGGCCGGCUCUUCAUGGUGGACCUGGCGGGCUCGGAGCGGGCGGCCCAGACCCAGAACCGCGGCAAAAGGCUGCAGGAGGGCGGCCACAUCAACCGCUCGCUGCUGGCGCUGGGCAACUGCAUCGCCGCGCUCAGCGAGAGGGGCGGCGGCCGUGCCCAGUUCGUGAACUUCCGCGACAGCAAGCUCACUCGCCUCCUGAAGGACGCCCUGGGAGGGAACAGCCGCACGGUGAUGGUCGCCCACAUCAGCCCGGCCAGCACGCACUUCGAGGAGUCGCGGAGCACCCUGCUGUACGCGCACAGGGCCAGGAACAUCAAGACCAGGGUCAAGCGCAACCUGCUGAACGUGUCCUGCCACGGCGACCAGCGCACGGGCGUCAUCUCCGACCUGCGCAGGCAGAUCGAGCACCUCAAGUCCAAGGUGGAGAGGCAGGACCCGGGGAAGAGGAGCGAGCCCGGGGCCCGGGACCCGCAGGCCACGACGCCCACCCAGGACACGGAGGACGACAGCCGCCUGCAGAUGAGCAGGAUCCGGGCCCAGCUCGUGGGGGCCUUCGAGGAGCAGCUGGAGAUGCGGCGCAGCCUGCUGGAGCUGGAGAACGCCAGCGUGGACCUGCACGUCGCCGUGUCCCGCCACCUGCUGGCCAUCGCGGACUGGGAGCGGGAGAGGAUGCACCCCCAUGCCCAGGAUGAGUCCCCCGAGAGGGACGAGCGGCAGGAGGCGGAGGGGGCCGACGCGGACGGGGACGGGGAGGAGGACGCGCCCGCAGAGCCGCACGAGGUGACCCUGGCCAGAGAGGAGGUCAGCCUGCUGCUGGCCGAGCAGCGGAAGACCGUGGCCCUGCAGGCGGGGCUGGAGCAGCGCCUGGCCAGCGCCCAGAGCAAGGCUGCGCAGCUGGAGCGGCUGCUGCCCGCCCGGGCCCUCAGCGAGGACCAGCAGGAGGCGCUGCGGCUGCUGUGCCGGGCCCAGGAGCUGGAGCUGGAGAACGCGGGGCUGCAGGCCGGCCUCCUGCGCCGGGACAGCCUGCUGUGCCAGAAGGACCGGCUCCUCCGGCGCUGCCACCAGCACCGGCGGCUGUGCGAGCGCAUCAUCCGGGACCAGCGGCGGCUCCUUCGGGACGGCGGCCUGCCGGUGCCCACAGCGCUGGCCGAGAACUACGGCCUGUACUCUCGGGAGCGGGACGAGGGCUCGCUGGACCGCCUGCUGCGGCUGCACUCGGCCAUGGCCAGCUCCCUGCGGGACGGCUCUGUUGGGGCCGCGACUCCACCGCCACCGGAGGAGUCCAGCCGAGACCAGCUGGACGACUGGAGGGACCUCCCAUGCGGUGGGCAGUUGGAGCUGCCGCCAGUGCUGCUGGACAUGGACAGCGAUGGCCACGUGUCCUCGAAAGCCACACCCUCGAAAAAGCCGGGAAAGCAGGGCGUCCUGGUCCCUCCGCCCGCCCUCCGCAUCCUGCUCACGCCACCAUCGCGGGAGAAGUCCGGCUCUCUGCGUGCGAGGAGCCGGGUCUCCAAGCUGUGCUCGCCAGUGGCUGGCCUGGAGCUGGACACCCCCAGGGCGGCGGCCGCCGCCCUCAAGGAGAUGGCCUUGGGCACCAAGAGCAUCGCCCUCAUCGCGGCCACCCGGCGCUCCAAGGCGCAGCACCGAGAGGGGGCCAGCGGCCGCUCCUCCCUCCACCGUCCAGAGGAGGUAGCCCCGGGCCCCAGGGACCCAUGCCCAGCAGACAGGAGGGGACCCCACGCCCGUGCGGGCCGGGGCGGCUCUGCAGAGAGGAAGGCCAGCAGGAAGCGGGCGCCCCUCCUUCUCACCUGGGGCACGCAGCCAGUGGCAGAGAGGCCUCAGCCCCCGUCCCUGGAGCACUCGACCGAGAGCCAGACGCCCCCUGCACCCCAGCAGCUGCCCUUGGGGCGGGGCUUCCUCCCCGCGGUCCCCGCGGCCCCCAAGGUGAAACCUGGCCUCAGCCUCCACGCAGGGUCUGCGGACGGCGGAGGCCGGCGCCACAGCCCGCGGCCCCCCAGCAGCCCUCGCAAGCGCCAGGGUGGCAGCGCCAGGGGACCAAGGAGACCGAAGUGA